AUGGCAGCAACACUGGACCAGCCGCACCUUGAUCCACUCGGGGGCGGCCCCGUUGUUGACUCGGCUUCGAUAACUCCCCCUCACAGCGCCAACGGAAAGAAGGAUGCACCCGAAGGAGUACCCUCUGAGCUAUCGGACCUCGAGUUGGACGCUAGAUCUGCAGUUGCGCCCGAAGAGCCGGUGAUUAAACAAGAAGAACAAGAGGAACCGGUUGUGGAAGAGGAGGACAUUGAACCUGACCAUUACUAUGGUGGUGGAAAAAUUCCAGUAUUCAAACCGACAAUGGACCAGUUCCGAGACUUCCAGAAAUUUAUCAACAAGAUCGAUAAGUACGGAAUGAAAGCAGGAAUUGUCAAAGUGGUUCCACCCAAGGAAUGGACUGAAUCACUGUCGCCUCUGGAUGAAACUAUUAAGUCUAUCCGCGUGAAGAAUCCAAUCAUGCAAGAGUUCCACGGAUCGCACGGCACCUACACACAGGCCAACAUUGAACGCCAACGAAGUUAUAACCUUCCUCAAUGGAAGGGCCUAUGCGAUGAAAGCAGCCACCAGCCUCCUGCUCGUCGGGGCGAGAGGCGUCGAAACCAGGAACGACGCGGAAACCAAGUGAAAGUGAAAGAAGAACCACCUGCGGACGACGUCGAGAAAUCCAAAUCCGAGGGUCCCCCGACUCCAGUGUCACCAGAAUCGAACCCCAUUGAGCCGAAAAGCGAGGAUCUGAGCGAGGGCGAAUCGCUCCCUGCUGCUAAGCCCAAGGGUAGACAACCCAAAUCUGUUACGUCUCGACGCAAGAACAACCGUGGUGACACAGUGGAAAACUUCGAUGAAGAAGCAUUCAAACAAUUCGAUUACCGCAUCCACGACCAUGAAGAUUACACCGCUGAGCGAUGCGAGGAACUGGAGACUGCAUAUUGGAAAUCUCUCAUGUUCAACAAUCCCAUGUAUGGCGCAGACAUGCCGGGGUCGCUCUUUGACGAUUCUGUCGAGUCUUGGAAUGUUGCGAAAUUGCCCAAUCUGCUUGAUGUUCUUGGUCAGAAAGUACCGGGAGUCAACACGGCAUAUCUCUACUUGGGAAUGUGGAAGGCUACUUUUGCCUGGCAUCUCGAGGAUGUGGAUCUCUAUAGCAUCAACUACAUUCACUUUGGAGCCCCCAAGCAAUGGUAUAGCAUCUCGCAAGAGGACGCGCCAAAAUUUGAAGCUGCGAUGCGCAGCAUUUGGUCUAGCGAUGCCAAAAACUGCGAUCAAUUCCUCCGCCACAAGACAUAUCUGGUAUCUCCCAGCUUGCUGAAAUCCCAGUAUGGAAUCACUGUGAAUCGCUUGGUUCACUACGAAGGGGAGUUUGUGAUUACAUUCCCCUACGGAUACCACUCUGGGUACAAUAUCGGAUAUAACUGUGCCGAAUCAGUGAAUUUUGCAACUGAGAGAUGGCUGGAUUAUGGCCGAAUUGCUAAAAAAUGCCACUGCGAGGCUGACAGUGUCUGGAUCGAUGUUGACGAGAUUGAGCGCAAGCUCCGCGGGGAAACCACACCCGAAUACUAUGGUGAUUUCGAAAGCGAGUUUGACGGAUUCGAGGGUGCUUCAGAUCUCCUCACGCCACCACGCAGUGUACCUGAAAAGACCUCCACCCGUGGUCGAAAGCGGAAGAUCACGGGUGACGGCCCGAGCACCAAACGAUCGAAGCUUCAGAUGGAAGGCCCUCGUAAGCUUCCGUGCUUGUUGUGUCCCAACAAUCUUGACUAUGAGGACCUGCUGCCGACUGAGAAUGGAAAAGGUCAUGUCCAUCGUCGAUGUGCCUUGUUUAUCGAAGAAACCAGCAUCUUGCGGGAUGAGUCGGGCAACGAGGUGGUUUGUGAUAUUGAGCUGAUCCCUAAAGCGCGCCUGGGUCUGAAAUGCCUAUUCUGCCGAGAAGUUCGCGGUGCCUGCUUCCAAUGCAACUUUGGCAAGUGUACUCGGGCCUACCAUGCCACUUGUGCCCUUCUAGCUGGCGUCCAGGUCGAGCAUGGUGCCAUUGCCGUGAUCGCCGAUGAUGGUGUGCAUUAUACACUACCGAGCGUGGAUUUGAAGUGUAAAUUCCACCGUCAGAAACGACCGGCUGGAUUGUUGGGCGAGUCCUCCGAUUUGGACCGUCGUGUGAUUGAGGCCGCUCGCCGCCUGACACAGGGUGAUCUGAUUCAAUUCCAAGUCGACAAGGAGAUCAAUGGCGCUAUUGUGCUCCAAAACCGACCCCAAGAGCGGGCGCUUCUGCUGAAGGUUCUUCCACGAGGAGAUGUGAUUGAGAUGCCAUACCGCUGGAUGCUGGUCGUCCGCAAGAGCAAUUUCGCGCCCCUUGCGCCGGGAAUCCAACCCCUCCCGGCCCACUUGGUGCGAAAGCCUGAACAGCGAAAGGACUUCGAAGCCGCCGUACCACUUGCAGGUAGUGCGUUUGGCGACGGCCGAUCUCCCUAUCAGUGGGCCGAAUUCGAGACGGUGGAUGCAGCUAGAAACCAAUUUGCCCCACCGGUUACGGUUACCAUCGACAGACCGGAGCAUCUGUGGUAUUACUUGGGCGUGCAGUCCACCGAGAGUAGGGCACAGUAUACGCACAACCCUACCGUGCCUAUCCACAACCCGCGGGCCAAUUUCCUGGACAGCGUUAAGUCGCUUGGCGUGGCUGGUGCCGGUGCCGGUGCUGCUCGUGCAUCGAAGAUCUCACCCCACCAUCUCUUCCAACAUGCUCCCACCGCCCCUGCCCCUCCUUACCAGCAAAUUCUUUACGCCCAACACCCAGCGCUGCUACAACAUAAACACGCCUUUGUGAACGCCAACACCCCUCACCUGCCAUCCCGACCGCCCUCCUCUUCCGCCUCUUUGACGCAUCUUGCCCCUCCCCCUCCCCCUGUCCUUGCUGCCGGUGCUGCUGCUGCUGGUCCUGCGAUGCCGUCGGCCUUUCGAACUCUGCCGAAUACAUCCGCCCGCCAUACCCCUUAUCCAUCGGUCAUCAAAUCGCAUGUUCAGCAGCAGCACCACCUCCCUUCCACCAAUACCUUUGCCAACGUCCGUGAACUUAUUGCCCGGCGCCGCCUGGCUCAGAUCACCGAUCAUGCCAAUGUCUUUGCCGGGUACACGAUCGUUAGUCCGGAAUUGGUGGUAGAGACCCUGCUGGGUCCCAUGGGCUCGAUCCCUCCGGCCAAUGGUCUGGAAAAGCUCGAGCUCGCGAUGGCCCAGCAGCGGGUGCAGCCCCGGGCUGCCGAUGGUACUUUAUUACCACCCCAGACCCUCAACAUGAGGUCGGAGGAGGUGACCCGUUUGCUCCAGAUGCUCCGGUUCUCACUGGUGAGUCACCGCGAGCGCCUGGAUGUGAUCCAGAAGAAGGAAUCAGAGGGUAUUAAGAUGGAGACUGUCGACCGAGGGAGCAUUGCUGCGGCAAAGAUGCCGGGCAAAUAUGCCUUUCUCGAUCAGCAACGGGCCAUGGCACCCAAUGUGUAUCAGUCUCCAUACAACAUGCCAUCUGGUCUCUCCGAGUACGCCAAGACGACGUAUGAACUGGUUCCAGCUCCAGACGAGCCGCCCAAGGCGUCCUUGGCCAAUGACUUUUUCGCCAGUCUCUCCCAGACCGACAAGGAGAAAAUCAUGAAGACGUGUGGUAGCUUCGUGCAACGUGCCAUUGAGCGGUCGGCCAGUCAUAGCCGACAUAGCUCUACGGCAUCUAAUCUUCGACUCUCCUCGGCGUUGGCCCAACAGACGGAAAAUCCGACCAUCGAUAUCACCACCGUUGAAGAUCAACCCAUAUCAGGCCUCGAUCUUCCUUUGCACGCCGACUCUCCAUGUUCCAGCUUUGGCCGAUCACAUUUGCGCUUGCAGUCUCCGGGAGAUUUCCCCAUACAUGGCCCCGAUCCCCACCCUGAUCACCACGAUCUGUUUGGCGAUCAGCAAGCUAAUACCCGCUUCUGGCAAAAUGGGCCGUGGACCGCCGGCGACGGCAAUACGCCCAACGACGAGAAUCGACCGUUUUUUGGCCCGCAUGAACGUUUGAAGCAUGACUAUGCCUCCUCCGAUAUUUCCCUCGGUAAAGGAGGACCCGGGUCCUUGCAUUCCGUCGACAUGGCCGGCUUUGGAUUCGAUGCCGCCGAGGACCUUUGUGCUGGCCUGAGUCCAUAA